GAUACACAUUAUUGUUCCAGCCCUAAAUAUUGCCAGCUGCAAUUCGUGCAAUUAACAAAAUUAACAACAAAAGCGCAGUCUAACAGGGAAAAAUAACAACAACCAUCGCAAUCAGGAAUCUCAUUGUCGAGGUUGCUGCCGUAUAGUAUACACAAAACAAACAAACGGGGAAUUGCAUGCCAAGCGGAUUGGUAAACAAACCGAAAAACUCUCCGUAGUUCCGAAAUUCUGGAAGAAAAGGCGACGGUGGCGGAGGUUUCAUUUCUGGCGGUAUAGAACUGUUCCAAAAAUUUUCUAGCCAAAAAUAUGUCCUCGUCGUCGGCGUCCGGGGGUCGCAAGCAGCCCACGGCCGUGUCGAGAAUGAAGCAGGACUAUAUGCGCCUCAAGCGGGAUCCUCUGCCCUACAUUACGGCGGAGCCCUUGCCCAACAACAUUCUCGAGUGGCACUAUUGCGUCAAGGGUCCGGAGGACUCACCCUACUAUGGAGGCUACUAUCACGGCACCCUACUCUUUCCACGCGAAUUCCCCUUCAAGCCGCCCUCCAUUUACAUGCUGACACCGAACGGACGAUUCAAGACCAACACGAGGCUGUGUUUAAGCAUAUCAGACUUUCAUCCGGACACGUGGAACCCUACUUGGUGUGUGGGAACCAUUCUUACAGGACUUUUAAGCUUUAUGCUUGAAAGCACCCCCACACUGGGGUCCAUUGAGUCGUCGACAUACGAAAAGCAAAUGUAUGCUCAAAAAUCGUUAGCAUUUAACCUGCGAAACUCCAACUUCUGUGAACUCUUUCCAGAAAUGGUUGAGGAAAUAAAGCUGAGACUGCCGGCUACGCAAGGGUCCGCGGGAGCGGCGGGCGGUAGUGCCUCCAGUUCAACUGGGGCAAAGAAGGCCAACGGGCAGGCCAAUGGAGUGCCUUUAGGUGUAGACGCCAAUUUAGUGGCAGGCGGGGGUAAUCCACAAAAUGCGGCAGAUGCCGUCGAUGGUGCUGGUGCCGGGCAGGCGGACACGGCCAACGGUGGGGGAGCGGCUGCGUUGCAGAAUAGCGCUCGAAACUCGUAUCUGAACUGGCAGUCUGUGUACUCGAACCUGGUGAUCAUAAUCUGUUUUGCGAUAUUUGCCCUCAUUGUUAAUUACGUGAUCAAGAACCUGAAUCAGGAAUAGAAUUAACUACGACACAGCCUCUAUAUUUAUAAAGAAAUGUAGCUACACAUACAUAUGCGUGUGCAUAUUUAAUCUAGUUUACUCUAAAAGUAGUCUUUGAGGAUUCAGUUCCGCUUGUGAAGUAUUUAGCAACCUGCUUUAAUUCAAAAAUAGAGUUCGCCCCCGCCCAAUUCCCCCGACCGUUGUUUAGUCUGAAACCAUUGGCAAUAACAACUGGAAACAUAGACGUAAAAUCAAGCAUAACCAACAACACACUUUUUAAACUCAAUUUGUGAAAUCUAUAAAUUGUUUUGUUAUAUAUUCAUUAUCAUUAAAGACUAGUUUUAUGCAAUGAGAAUGAAGCCAGGAAUAUGUUUGUAAAUGAAUAAAAACGGCAACGUAUGAGCUCGUGUACAAAUUAGCCAUCUUA